AUGGCUAAUGAGGUGACACUGUUGGAUGCCUGGGCAAGCCCUUUUGCCAUGAGAGUGAAAAUAGCAUUGGAAGAGAAAGGAGUUAAGUUUGAGAGCAGUGAGCAAGACUUGGGGAACAAGAGUGCUCUGCUUCUGCAAAUGAAUCCCAUUUACAAGAAGGUUCCAGUUCUCAUUCACAAUGGAAAACCCAUCUGUGAGUCCCUCGUUAUUGUGCAGUAUAUUGAUGAUGUGUGGAAGGACAAGUCUUCUUUACUACCCUCUGAUCCUUACCAGAGAGCCCAAUCCAAGUUCUGGGCUGAUUUUAUUGAUAAGAAGGUAUCUGAUCAUGCCCAUAAGAUAUGGACAACAAAAGGAGAAGAGUUGGAGACAGCAAAGAAGGGUUUUAUAGAAUGCCUCAAGUUGUUGGAAGGAGAGCUUGGAGAAAAAACUUACUUUGGGGGUGAGACCUUUGGGUACCUUGAUGUUGCAUUUGUGCCUUGUUAUUCCUGGUUUAAUGCCUACGAGACCUUAGGAAACUUCAAUAUAGAGGCUGAGUGUCCCAAGAUCAUUGCAUGGGCUAAGAGAUGUAUGCAAAAAGAGAGUGUAGCUAAGUCUCUUCGUGACAAAGAAAAGAUCUACGACUUUGCAUAUAUUUAUCAAAUCACUUUACAUUGUGGCCAAAUGAAUCUUCGGGUAUUUGAUCAUGGUCAUAAUAAGUUAUGGACAACAAAAGGAGAAGAGCCGGAGAAAACAAAGAAGGGUUUUAUAGAAUGCCUCAACUUGUUGGAAGGAGAGCCUGGAGAAAAAGCUUACUUGGGGUUGUUACACCCAAAGUUUGAUUGGAGCUUGGCAACCUAA